AUUUCUUGCAUUAGACAAAAAUGGAUAAGGUUUCGAUGGUUUUUCUUAUACUUUCUUUGCUGUCCAUGAUAUAUUACUCCACUGCUCCCACUCACCCUGAUUGUGGUCCAGCAGGUCGCUGCUACACUGUAAAUAAACACUUUGGAAGUUUUAGGCAGACAAGAUGCGUUCCUUGCAAAUAUAAACGUCCCAUACCGAAAUGAAGUACGUAAAUAAAAUGCAAAAAUGAAAAUUGAAG